GCUCAGUGCAUCAUGUGAUCCUUUACACACCUUUGUUAGAAGUGAAAGUCUUGUCAUUUAACUCCUGAAGGAAGCGUAUUACAUCGCCUAUACUCUGUUCUUCUCGACCCUUUUUUUCGAUGGAAAGUCUUUGAGCAAAGAAAUAAAGUAACUUCAGAUGAUGGAGCAGAACAUAGUGAUGCUGUUGAUCGGUAAAACUGGAUCAGGAAAAAGUACCACAGGAAACAUCAUCUUUAAUAAAACUGUGUUUGAGUCGAAAAGGAGCUCUUCAUCAGUGACCAAAGUGUGUCGAACACACACUGAUGCUGUUAAUGACAGAAGUGUGACAGUGAUUGAUACUCCAGACUUCAGAUUCUCCACUCACACUGACUUUGAUUCAGUCUCUGAGCUGAAGAGAGCUCUUGAAUUAUGUUCAACAGGAGCUCAUGCCAUCCUGCUUAUUCUGCCUUUAAACACUUUCACUGAGCAGGAGAUGGAUUUCAUUAGUUGGUUUGUGCAGAUGUUUGGUGUUGAAGCUCUCAGAUUUACUCUAGUGCUCUUCACUCAUGCAGAUCAGAAACACGUGACAUCACUGGAAGACAUGGUCGGGGAAAAUACUCAGUUGUCUGAUUUUAUUAAUCAAUGUGGUCAGAGAUAUCAUGGGUUUAACAUUAAAGCUCCAGCAAACAGAGAGCAGGUGACUGAACUCAUGGAGAAGAUCAACAGACUGCUGUCUGACAACACAAACUCCUGCUAUACACUAGAAAUGAUGCAGGAGACUGAGAGGAGAAGAGAGAAGGAGAAGAAAGCAGAGGAGGAUAGGAAAGAACAAAAAGGAGCCAAGCUGGAAAAACAAGAGUCUCUUUGGAAGGGGUUCAAACAUCUGUUUGUUAAACAUAUAAAGCUGAAAUCUGUCUGUAUAAUUAUGGUUUUUGCUGUAGUGACAGGAGGUGUUGCUGUGUGGAAGAAAGACAUUUCAAAUGGAUGGAUGUUCACUAAUGGUUUCUGUACAGGAGGAUUAGCUUCAACUGUCGGAGUUUGCGUAGAAAUUCUUUAGAAAUUGAUGUUGAAGGAUCAGCAUGUUUCAUCUUCUCGUGAGCGUCCCAGUGCUCUUAGACAGUUAUUGCUGAAGACAAGAGAUGUUGUGUGUGCUGCAUCUGCUGGAGCUGUGAUUAGUAGCAUUGAGUUACACUUAAUACAACUGAUGUAAUCUGCACUUCUCUGUAUUUCUGAGAAGAACUCUCAUAUUUAUAUAGUUACAUUUAUAUAGUUAUAAAAACAAAUAUCAGAAGGUAAACCAAAAUAUCACCAUAAAAAAAAGGUCAUUUUUGUUUCAAAAUCCCAGCACACAAAAUGAGGGUUGAUAAGGAGAUGGGACCACUGUGUUCACCCUGACAUCAAAUUUAUUAUUAUUGUUAUUAUUAUUAUCACUAUUGAUAUGGAUAUUUAUUAGAUAUUUACACUGUAAAAAUAUUUCCAGGUUUUCACAAGAUUUUACUGUUUUCAAGAUUUGACUGUUUUCACAAUGAAAUAUUGUAUUUAGUUUUUACCCUAACAUUACAGAAAAUUCCUGUGAAAUAAACAUCU